AUGCUACGUAUCCAUGUCAGAUUGAGAAAGGAGGGCCAGGAGGCGGAGACCAUUCUGGUUCCAACAGAGCCGACGAAGAGGGUACACGACUUCAAGGUAGAGGUCGCACGUCGCGUUCAAAAGCUGGCAGCUUUCGAGGGCUGCCGGGUGAUUUGCUUGCGGGAGGGAUCAAGAGCACUCGGUCUGAUAGAUGACGAGGACCUGGUAUCAGACGUGCUGGAAAACGGAGAUACAGUUCUCGCCGAGGUAGCGUGUCUGCCGAGCCCUGCAGGCGUGAAGGCAGCACCUGCCCAGCCAGAAAAGGGGCAUGAGGUUAUGGUGGGAUCAGCGUCCGACACGGGCGAAACCACCGAUGGAUAUGGGGCAGAGGUAGAGCCAGCAGAGCUGGAAACGGGAUAUGCUGCUGCAAGUAUACGGUACCAGAUUCUGGAGCGGCUGGCGCAAGGCUUGCCGCCCCAAGUUGUAGAGGUCUCUGCCACGACAAGCACCUGGGAGCUGGCAAAGCAGAUCGCCCACGCUGAGGGCAUCGACUAUGAACCGACUGAGGAGGACGUGGCGCUGGUGUCCUCCUCUGAAGACCAGGGCCGCUGCCUCUGCUCCGAGGUGGGGAGUCGCGUCCAGCUCUGGGGCCACGAUGCAGCCAUGAAAAUUGACGCUGCGGCCUUUUCGCAGCCGACGCAUCCGCAGCGCUGGGCAGCUGAGCUUGCCAAGGCCGACAUUUGCUCGAUUUGCCUGUCUGGCUUGGGUGACUGCGUCGGCAGCUCUGAGAGUGAAACCCCGGACUUCGUCGUGGGCAACCGCCUUUGCCAACACUUCUUCCAUUCGGAUUGCCUCUUGAAGUCUUUUGCUGCUGAUGGCAAGGUCCUACAGUGUCCAUGCUGCCGAGGGGAGUGGCUCUACUUGGAGGAGGGCCAAAGCGCAGAAGGCUGCCAAGGCAGUCAAGAGGAUGUCGAGUCCUUGUUCUGCUACCUGCGGAGAGCGGCUUUCGGGAGGCAGCAGUGGCAGCGGCAGCAGGCAUGA